AUGACAGAUGAAACGUUGUUAACCCCCGAAGAAAAAGCGCAUAUCGCCGUACUCAGUGAGGCUAUUGCCGAAAUCGCGGAGGUAAACCGCUUGCAGAAGCCAAACUCCACCAGCAUGUGCCCACGUUAUCACCUGGUGGCCCCUUGUGGCUGGAUGGGGAGCGCGCCCUCUGUGGUCUGGUUUAACGGCCAGUAUCACGCUUAUUACUCUUUCUCACCGUUUGCCCUUACUGCCGGCGAUCUGUAUAUCGGCCAUUCAGUCAGUAACGACCUUUUACGCUGGGAGCACAAGGACCCCAUUCUGGCGCCAGAAGCAAAAUUUGAUAAUCACGGUUGCCGUGGUCCUUUCGCCGUUGUCUUUAACAAUAUGGUUUUCCUGUAUUACACCGGCAUGAUUGAGCUGGAGCACAAGGGCGAGACGCACUAUCUGGAAAAUGUGUGUCUGGCGUCGUCUGGCGAUGGUGAGACCUUCCAGAAGCUGGGCGCGGUAAUUUCUCCGUUUGGCGGCACGACCUACAUCGGGGAUCCGAUUGUGUGGAAAGAGGGAGGUUUCUGGUAUAUGACGCUUGCUAUCCAGCGUCAGGACCAGGUGGGCGAUCAUGUACGGUCAAGUGUGGCGCUGUAUCGCUCUUACACGCUGUACGAGUGGGAUUACAUGACAACCCUGUUAACGGAGAAAAAAGCAGACGCUGAACAGUGGACGGCCCCGCAGAUUUUCAGCGUAGGCGAUGCCACCUUUAUGGCUUUAACGCAGCUCACGCCGCUUGAGACCACUGUUUACCCGGAUACGAAGCACAUCACGCCGGACGGCCAGGAAAGUGUGAUUCCGGGUGACACUGUAACGGCGCUCCCGCCGCACGAAAACCUGCACCGGACUGUGACGUUUGCCGGCGAAAUCUCCCUUACUGACGGAUUCAAGCGCACCGGCGACGCGGUGAAACUGGAUAUCGGCAGCGACAUGCUGUUACCGCGCAUCUUUGACGCGCCUGACGGCCGCAAAAUCCUGCUGGGGUGGGCCAACAUGUGGGGCGAUGCUCAGCCCACUAUAUUCUUUGGUUUCGCCGGCAGCUGGACCCUGCCGCGUGAGGUAGAGCUCGUUAAUGGCCAGCUGCACCAGAAACCUAUUGUAGAGCUGGAGCAGUACCGCGUUACCGGCACCAUGUACGACGCAUUGACGUUAACCGACAGCCAUACGGCGCUCACUGACGACAACCCCAGCUUUGACUUUGAGCUGGUGUUUGAUCUCGAUGCCACCAGCGCGGAAACGUUCGGGUUUAGUAUCGGCGCCGGCUACAAACUGGAGUUUGAAGUUUCCGAAAACAACGAGCUGGAGCUGACAGUAUUUAGCCAGCGCAAUUAUUACCAGGAAGGGCUGGACGAUAUGCGCGCCUUAACGAUCACCCGCGGCAGCCAGCUCAAAAUCUACGGCGUGUUUGACCGCUCGCUGGUGGAGCUCUUUAUUGAUGGUCUGGCCAUGCCGCUGACGGCUCGCAUCAUGCCGGGUAUCAGCGACCGCAGGAUUUAUCUGUAUUCCAUGGGCGGCACAUUGCAGCUGGCCAGCGCACAUCAUAACGCUUUAAGCAGUUUUUAA